GCAAAUAGCUAGCAUAGACUUGUGCCAAGUGGGAAGUUCACAUUAAAUAAGAUCAACUUUUAAAAGCUCUAAUUGCAGACGUACACGCGUAUACUAUUAAUUACCUACGUUAUUGUUAUGCCAUCAGUGUCCGUCAACGAGCUCCUCAAUGUCACCUUAGGAAAGAAACUAGGUGCUGGGACCUUUGGGUCGGUGCAUGUAGGCGUUUUGCCAAGUGGGCGCUUUGUCGCGGUCAAAAUCCUUGAGCUUUCCGAUGACGCACCAUCAAAUACAGAGGUGGAGAUUCACCGCAAGUUAGUUCACCCGAACAUUAUUCAUUACUUGCAUAGUCGGAUAGACGCUGAAAGCACACCCAAGAAACUGUAUGUUUACCUGGAGUUUGUUACUGGGGGUUCUGUUUCCGUGUUGAUGAAAAGCCUGCCACAAGGAUGCCUUCCGUAUUCUGUAGUGCGUGUGUAUGCACGACACAUGUUUCUUGGACUAGAAUAUCUCCAUAGAAACCAAGUCGCUCACCGUGAUAUCAAGGGCGAUAACCUUCUCAUUUCCAUGGAUACGGGUGUUGCUAAACUGGCGGAUUUUGAUCAGGCCAAGAUCAUGAGCACUCACGAUACUUUGCGUAUGGCUGCUACAGCGACACUGGCUGGGACACCGUAUUGGAUGGCCCCUGAAGUUAUUACUGACGAGUCUGGGUACGACCCUUUCAAGGCAGAUAUUUGGUCGGCCGGAUGCACAGUUGCCGAGAUGAUAACGGGGAGGGCACCGUGGUUGCCUAUGUCAAAUCUCAUGCAGGUGAUGAACAAGUUGGCUCUAUCCAUGGACUGGCCCGAUGCAGUGCCCAAAGACCCUGAAAAAUUGGGGUCUAAAGAUGCGUACGAUUUUUUAAAUCGUUGCUUCUGUCGGAAUGCUGCCACUCGACCAAUGGCCAGUGAACUUCUGAAACACCCUUUCUUAAAUGUAUGA